ACAGUAGUUCAGCUCAGUUCAGAAGAAACAGGAUGACAGAUAUGCUGGAGACCACGAUGCUGCAAACUGGCAAUUGCCUACUAGCACCCAAGAUUUUUCAGCAAAAGAAUCAAGAGCUGCGGCGGUCAUCCUCGGAGUGCUCCAACAACCGGAACACGAGCCAACUCGUUCCUGGCGGUGUCAGUGGCGGCGGAAGCUCGGAGGUUGCGGAGACGGUGCGGUGCGCGUGCUGCAGCGUGCCGGAGGAUUGCACGGCCGCGUACAUCCGCCGCGUCCGCGCGGCGCACUGCGGGAGCUGGGUGUGCGGCCUCUGCGCGGAGGCCGUCGGCGAGCGGAUGCGGCGGGAGCCAGGCGCCGGCGUGGAGGCGGCGCUGCGGUGGCACACGGCGGUGUGCAGGGACUUCAACGCGACCACCAGGCUGAACCCGAAGCUUUCCCUUGCCGGCUCCAUGAGGGACAUCGCGCGGAGGAGCUUCAACCGGCGGUCGUCGUCGGCGACGACGUGCCACGAUGAGCUCCGCGCCUCCAGCAAGACGAUGGAGAGGGCCGUCAGCUGCCAGCCCCGCUUCUUUGCGUGAUGUGCUGAUCACACGCACAUCAAUCUUUAUGCUUGCUAGGUCGUUAAGUUGUCCUUAGUCAUGCAGAUGCACCGUUUUUUUCCUCUCACGGAUUAAUUUAUUUUUGGAGUAACAUCUUUUUUUCCUUGAGAGGGUAUUUUAAUGUGUAUAUGUUAUUCAUGUGUAUAUUUUUCUUUUGGUUCAAUAAAGACAGGUACUUCAUUCGUUCCAAAUUAUAGUUCGUUUUGGCUUUUUAGAUUUAUAGAUUUUGUUAUGCACUUAUAUAUAUCCUAUGUCCAGAUGCAUAAUAAUAUCUAUAUAUCUAGAAAACCAAAACGAUUUAUAAUUUGGAACUGAGGAGUAGCAAGUAGCAUCCUAAAAAAAAGGAAAUGUAGCAUUUCUGGUUCAAUUGCACUCUCCAGUUCUGAAAAAAAUGCUGGAUUAUGUAAC